AUGGUUCUAUAUAGUACAUGCCUCCCUAACAUCAGUAGUACAUGCCUCCCUAACAUCAGUAGUACAUGCCUCCCUAACAUCAGUAGUACAUGCCUCCCUAACAUCAGUAGUACAUGCCUCCCUAACAUCAGUAGUACAUGCCUCCCUAACAUCAGUAGUACAUGCCUCCCUAACAUCAGUAGUACAUGCCUCCCUAACAUCAGUAGUACAUGCCUCCCUAACAUCAGUAGUACAUGCCUCCCUAACAUCAGUAGUACAUGCCUCCCUAACAUCAGUAGUACAUGCCUCCCUAACAUCAGUAGUACAUGCCUCCCUAACAUCAGUAGUACAUGCCUCCCUAACAUCAGUAGUACAUGCCUCCCUAACAUCAGUAGUACAUGCCUCCCUAACAUCAGUAGUACAUGCCUCCCUAACAUCAGUAGUACAUGCCUCCCUAACAUCAGUAGUACAUGCCUCCCUAACAUCAGUAGUACAUGCCUCCCUAACAUCAGUAGUACAUGCCUCCCUAACAUCAGUAGUACAUGCCUCCCUAACAUCAGUAGUGCAUGCCUCCCUAACAUCAGUAGUGCAUGCCUCCCUAACAUCAGUAGUACAUGCCUCCCUAACAUCAGUAGUACAUGCCUCCCUAACAUCAGUAGUACAUGCCUCCCUAACAUCAGUAGUACAUGCCUCCCUAACAUCAGUAGUAGUAUUAUAGACGACAAGUGCAACAUAACAGAAAUCUACAUUCUAACUGCUAGCAUUAGGGAAGAUUUCACUUUCAAGUUUAUGAAACAAAUGGAAAAACAUAUUUCAGCAGCUGUAAGUGUACUUGAGAAGUUUUAA